UCUAUGGAUGAUUGAGGUGUGAUUGCAGAUCGAACAGGGAAUCAAAAAUAAAAAAGGGGCUUGUGGGAGAUUUGUCCCAGGUCACUCCUUCUCUGCAUGGGGCUGUCUUAGGAAGGUUUUAAAAGCAGGUUCUGGUGCUGAUGCUCCUCCUUCAACAACACUCCCACUUCUUCACAACUCACAUACACACAGUCAAAAGCUUAAAUUAGGCCGCUUUUUAACUUAUUUCCCUUGAAGUCAGAACAGAAAAGUACCAUCGGUUCUGACUCGAACAAGAAGAAAAACUGGGCUCAGCUGGAAGGACACGAUGGAUAUGUGGAGGACCCUGCUUCUGACCUGGACGCUGCUCUUAAACCUAUGCUUACACAUAGAAGCACAAGCUUUGGUCUAUGAUCUUCUCACCUCGCCUGAUUGCCUGCCGGACCUGCUGCAAGGGGGUCUGAUUGAACAGGGGGUGAACGAAGCUUUCCUCCUGACCUCUUUUAAGUUGCAGCCCAAAAGCGGGACCACUGUGUUUAGUCUCUACAACCCCAGAGACAACAGCAAGUACUUCGAGUUCACAGUGAUGGGGAAGCUAAACCGAGCUGUAUUACGCUACCUCCGGACCGACAGACGGAUGAGCUCUGUUACCUUCAACAACCUGGUGCUGGCCGACGGCCAGAAACACCGACUGUUGUUCCACCUGAAGGGGCUGCAGCAGCAGGGGCCAGGCGGGGUGGAGCUGCAUCUGGACUGCCGGCUGGUCGAAACGGUCCGGGAUCUCCCCGCUGCCUUCCAGGGUUUGCCCACAGGUUACGGUACAGUGCAGCUGAAGACGAUGCAACCAAGGGAGCAGGAAAGCUUAGAUGAGCUGAAGCUGGCAGUUGGGGAUUCAUUUGAGAGUGUUGCGUCAUUACAAGACUGCCAUUUCCAGCAAAGAGACUCUGUUCAAACUCUGGGGGUCAACACAAAGCAGCUGUCGAAUCAAAUGAUGGAGUUAACAAAAGUGAUAAACGAGUUGAAGGACGUCCUCAUUCAGCAGGUGAAAGAAACCUCCUUUCUCAGAAACACCAUCUCAGAAUGCCAGGCGUGUGAUCUGGGCGGCAGUGAAGUUGUGAAGCCAAAGUGUACCCCAGGCGUCUGCUUCCGUGACGACAUGUGCAUUGAAACAGCAAAUGGUGUUGAGUGCGCCGCCUGUCCUGAUGGAUACACUGGAGACGGCUUCAACUGUGACGAUGUAGACGAGUGCCAGUUUAACCCUUGCUUCCCGGGAGUGAAGUGUGUGAACACGGCGCCGGGGUUCCGGUGUGACGCCUGUCCGCUCGGCUACAUCGGCCUGCCGGUGGAGGGGGUGGGCAUCGUGUUUGCUCAGACCAACAAACAGAUGUGUGACGACGUUGAUGAAUGCAAAGGACCCAAUAAUGGAGGCUGUCCUGCAAAUUCAAACUGUGAGAACUCCAUGGGCUCCUAUCACUGCUCCUGUAAGACGGGUUUCAUCGGAGACGCUGUGAAGGGCUGUAAGCCAGAGGUCAGCUGUGGAAACAGCCUGACCAACCCGUGUCAUGCCAACGCCACAUGUGUUCUGGAAAGAGACGGCUCCAUUUCUUGUCAGUGUGGAAUCGGUUGGGCUGGAAAUGGAUAUUUGUGCGGGAAGGACACAGAUAUCGACGGGUAUCCAGAUGAGAAACUCAAAUGUAAAGAUGCGCACUGCAGAAAGGAUAAUUGCAUGUACGUUCCAAACUCUGGUCAAGAGGACGCGGACAGGGAUGGCCAAGGAGACGCCUGCGACGAGGAUGCAGAUGGGGACAGUAUUCUGAACGAACAGGACAACUGCUGGUUAAAGCCCAAUCUGGACCAGAAAAACAGCGACAACGACAGCCACGGCGACGCUUGUGACAACUGUCGCCUGGCCAAGAACCCUGACCAAAGGGACACUGACGGCGAUGGCAGAGGUGACGCCUGCGAUGACGACAUGGACGGAGACGGUCUGAAGAACUUCCUGGAUAACUGCCAGCGCGUCCAGAACAGAGACCAGCUGGACCGGGAUGGAGACGGAGUGGGAGAUGCGUGCGACAGCUGUCCCGACAUCCCCAACCCAAACCAGUCGGAUGUUGACAGUGAUCUGGUUGGAGACUCCUGCGACACAAACCAGGACAGUGAUGGAGACGGUCACCAGGAUACCAAGGACAACUGCCCCUACGUGAUCAACAGCUCUCAGCUGGACUCUGACAAAGACGGGCUGGGAGACGAGUGCGACGAUGAUGACGACAACGACGGGAUCCCAGAUAUUUUACCACCGGGACCGGACAACUGUCGGCUGGUGCCGAACCCUGACCAGAUGGAUGACAACGACGACGGCGUUGGCGACGUGUGCGAGUCCGACUUUGACCAGGACAAGGUGAUCGACAGGAUUGACAUCUGUCCCGAGAACGCCGAGGUCACCCUGACCGACUUCAGGGCGUAUCAGACGGUGGUGCUGGAUCCCGAAGGCGACGCUCAGAUCGAUCCUAACUGGGUUGUUCUGAACCAGGGAAUGGAGAUUGUUCAGACCAUGAACAGUGACCCCGGACUUGCUGUUGGGUAUACAGCUUUCAGUGGAGUCGACUUUGAAGGGACGUUUCACGUGAACACCGUCACCGAUGAUGACUAUGCAGGCUUCAUCUUUGGCUACCAGGACUCUUCCUCCUUCUACGUGGUGAUGUGGAAGCAGACAGAGCAAACCUAUUGGCAGGCAACUCCCUUCAGAGCAGUGGCUGAGCCCGGCAUUCAGCUUAAGGCCGUGAAAUCCAAAACAGGCCCCGGAGAGCACUUGAGGAACUCCCUGUGGCACACAGGAGACACCAACCAUCAGGUCCGUCUGCUGUGGAAGGAUCCCCGGAAUGUGGGCUGGAAGGACAAGGUUUCCUACCGCUGGUAUCUGCAGCACCGCCCACAAGUUGGAUACAUUAGAGCUCGGUUUUAUGAGGGAACAGAGCUGGUUGCAGACUCCGGCGUGACUAUUGACACAACCAUGAGAGGAGGACGACUUGGUGUGUUCUGUUUCUCUCAAGAAAACAUAAUCUGGUCAAACCUGAAGUAUCGCUGCAACGACACGAUCCCCGAGGACUUUCAGGAGUUCCGAGCUCAGCAUACUGUGGACCCGAUUUAAAGUCUAAACUGACCAUUGGAUCUCCAAAGAAUUCAUCUCAGUGUGUGUGUGUAACAUUUGUGUGCAAAAUGUGUAUUGAUGUGUCCAGUUUCCAUACAUUCAUGACCACAAUCCUUGUUCUGUAUCUGCAUACUUUUGUGUGCUUUAUGUAAAAUCUAUUUUUUUCCAUUUAAUCAAAAAGACUAAAAAUAAAAUGAGUAUCUGAUAAACUCAUCGUAAAGGAACCAGUUCAGAAAAAUGUGAAAAUAGUCUGCGUUGUUAUCAAGGGUGGUUAGUUUACUCAGUAAAAUUAGCUUUUGGUCAAAUCUUAGAAAAGCCUCUCUUCACAAUGUAACUUUUGAGUAAGUGUACAAUAAUAAACCAUGACUUGUAUUGGGCUACUGUGGGUUAAAUUCUUCAAAUUACCUUUUUUGGCAUGCUUUAUUUUUUAGAUUUACCCUAAAUAUCAGUCCUAUUGUUGCUAAAAUGCUGUAAACAAGGUGAAUGUUUCUUUUUGAUCAUAUUAAAAUUGUAUUUUAAUAUUUUUUAAAAUGCUUUCUUCAACGUUUUUAUUGCUUGGAUGCUUGAAUUUCUGUUGGACCUGGAACAAAAUCAGAAAUAAUAAACCAUAAUUUGUAAAAAAUAAAAUAAAAUAAAAUAAUAAAAAAUAUGGCUAUGGUUGCUUUUUUUAUUUAGUUUUUAUUAAACUAUUUCAUGUGGCGCCUAAAGAAAAUGCAAGUUGUGAAAUGAAUAGAUUUAAAACUUUAAAUUGUCUGUUUCUUUUUCAGUUUUGAAUAAAACUUGGACAACUUUUACUUCUACUUGAGUAAAAAUAUUUCAAAGCAACACAACUCUUAAUCAUGUCCAAGUUUUGGUAAACUCUAACCCCCGUGGAUGUAAACUGUUGUUUAUUGACGACAGCAUUUUUGGAGAUUAAAGCCGGUUAAGCUCGUGACUUAAACAGUAAAGUACCUGUCAUGCCAAAUUUAGUUCUUUAUCUUGUUGUUUUUCUUUAAAUAAUGCACCAAAAAGUUUUUUUUAUUUAAACUACUGCCCCCCAAAGACAGCUGGAA